GUAUAUUAAAGAGAAGGGAGAAAGUGGCAUCACUAUAAAUACUUGACCGUGACUUUGAAAGUAUUAAAGAUACAGCAUCGAUUUAAAGUUGUUAUUGUGGAGUCAGGUUCUUUGAACCUAAUAGUGUCUCUAUUUACUACAAUCAUGAAGGUCCUGAUAUUUGCGUCCUUAGUGGUGGGUAUAUUUGGAAGUUACGAGAGUGAUCAUGGGACAACGACUUAUCAUGAAACGCAAAAGCCUGUCGAGAUACCAAUUUACAAAAAGUACGCUAUUCCAAUUCCUCAUCCGAUACCAGUUGCUGUCCCACAACAAAUAAAAGUACCGAUUCCUCAACCCUACCAAGUUCAGGUGCCCGUUCCACAUCCAGUCCCAGUAGAAGUCGUAAAACGCAUCGAAAUACCAAUAGAGAAGCCGGAGCCUUACAUUGUUGAAAAAAAGGUACCUUACAUAGUGGAAAAGCCUUAUGCUGUGACAGUGGAAAAACAUUUUCCGGUGCCAAUUCCAAAACCAUAUCCUGUGCAUGUUCCAGUUUAUAAACAUGUUUUUCACCAUCAGAGCAAAGGACACGGCUGGAAGCACUAUUAAUCUCUAAAAUAAGAAAAUAAUUAGUAGUUGGAAAAUAGUAAACCAAAAUAUAUACAACUGACUAUGUGUGUACUUCAGAGUGUACACGUACAUAUUCAUUGUUCAAAAUGUUUUAAAAAAACUCUUUAAUUAUAUUAAGUUAUGAAGCAUGUAAUUUAAAUUUUGUACAUAAUAUUUUAAGAUUGAUGUAAAGUAAAUAUAGAUUUACUUCCGUUUGGUAAUAUUAGUAUAUUAGAGAAUUAAUCCUUUAUAAUUUUGGUUAAUUUAUUCUUGAGGCUUAUUUUC